GGCCCUGGCAACAUUGUACGAUUCACGCUUGCCUGACCUGCUGUGUUCUUCGAUCUUUCUGAUUGUCAAUUUAAGUUGGCUUGGAAUUUUCGUAAAACGUAAAAUCAAUAUUUUAAAAUACUACGUCCGCCAUUGUACAAGUAUAUUUAAUUUUGAUAUGUUAUGCUUAGAUUAACGUUAAAAUGCAACGAUCCAGUCUUUCAUACAUCGAAUUAUUUAAACCAGUAAAAUAAAAAUGAACCUACACUACAAAGUCUUUAUUGUGCUUCUUCUUACGAAAUCUGUGCGACUUUAUUGUGGACCAUACAAUGGUCAAAUUUGUAAAAGUUAUUCCACCGGUUAUGUGUGGUACAAUGACACAGGUGGACUCGACAAUGAAAAAAUCACAAGUGGCUUGUGGAAAGAAAUGAUAUCUACACUCAAGGAACCUUGCAGAAAAGGAGCUGAAAAAUUGCUUUGUGCCUAUGCGUUUCCUAAGUGCGUCGAUAAAGACGGAGUUGGUUAUUAUGCAUUGCCUCUCUGCUAUGAAGACUGCAUGGCUGUUAAGAUGCAAUUUUGUUACAAUGAUUGGAUUGUUAUUGAAGAACAAAAACGACGCGGCGUAUACUUCGAGUCUCGGGGCCACUUUCGUUUUCCCGAAUGCGAGAAACUACCGCGAUUUGCAGGUAAAGGUUCACAGGUGACUUGUAACAAUGUUGGAAUAACUAAUAUGGUCUACAGUCAAGUAACAACAAAUUGUGUGAAAGGAAAUGGCCGGUACUAUCAGGGCGUAGUGAAUGUGACGGAAACAGGUUUGGCAUGUCAAGCUUGGGAGUCCCAGUUUCCUCAUCAACAUACACGCCCCCCACUUAUAUUUCCUGAAGUGCAGAAUUCGUCAAACUAUUGCAGAAAUGCAGGAGGUGAAGAGCGUAAACCAUGGUGCUACACAAUGGACCCUAAUGUAAGAUGGGAGCACUGUGCUAUACCGUCUUGUGCAAAUGUCACUGAAGAAACUGACAUGAUGACAGGCACAAAUAUUGUCAUGGACAGCUACUUUACGCCAACAUUUGUCUUGUUACUGUCCAUAAGUGGCCUAGGAUGCAUUUUAGGUAUAGCUGCUGUAACACUUUUAUGUCAUUACUUUGUUAAAAAUCAUUAUUCUAAAUGUAAUGUGUCGAGCAGAAGGAAUGUACAGAACAUGGACAUUGACUUGGAUAAGCUCCCCAGUAACCUUGCUUACCAUACUACAGGAGCACAACUUAAUCCUAAAUUAGAGAAACUAGAGUUUCCAAGAAAUAAUAUUAUUUACAUUAGAGACUUAGGACAAGGUGCAUUUGGCAGAGUAUUUCAAGCAAAAGCCCCAGGAUUGGUACCUGACGAAGAAUUUACUCUUGUUGCUGUUAAAAUGUUGAAAGAUGAAGCUUCUCAUGAUUUACAAUUAGAUUUUGAGAGAGAGGCUUGUUUGCUUGCAGAUUUUGAUCACCCAAAUAUUGUUAAAUUGUUGGGUGUGUGUGCUGUUGGUCGGCCUAUGUGUUUGUUGUUUGAGUAUAUGGGGAAAGGAGACCUCAAUGAAUACUUGAGAGCUUGCAGUACUGCUCCUAACUUCACACCUGCUAUUGAAAACAGAGAGGAUCUCAGACUGUUGGCCACUCCAUUAGGACAUUUAGAAUUAUUACACAUUGCAAGGCAGAUUGCAUCAGGAAUGGUUUAUUUGUCUGAUAGAAAAUUUGUGCAUCGUGAUUUAGCAACCAGAAAUUGUUUAAUCAAUGAUGACAUGGUGGUCAAAAUAGCUGACUUUGGGCUCUCACAUAAAAUAUAUUUACAAGACUACUAUAAAGGUGAUGAACAUGAUGCAAUUCCAGUCAGAUGGAUGCCUUUGGAGAGUAUACUUUACAAUAAAUAUACAUUGGAAUCAGAUGUGUGGGCAUAUGGUGUGUGUCUAUGGGAAAUAUUUUCAUUUGCCUUACAGCCUUAUUUUGGCAUGACACAUGAGGAGGUAGUAAAGUUUCUAAAAGAUGGCAAUGUGCUUGCUUGUCCUGAUAAUACGCCUCGGUGUGUAUAUGACCUUAUGAAACAAUGCUGGAAUCACCAUCCUAGUGAUCGUCCCAAUUUUAGAGUAAUUUAUCAUACUAUUGAUAAUAUACAACUAAUACUUGAACGAACUCAUACUGAAUAAGAAAAUGGCAUUUAUAUUUUUACAAUAAAUUUCAUAAUACAAAUCUAAACAGCUUCCAAUUGGGUCAAAAGUUAUCCAAUUAUUUUUGUUCAGUGAUCUUCAUGUAAAUGUGUUGGAUAUUAUAGUAAUUUGUAUUAAGUAGUAUAUUACAUUUAUUUUUUUUGACAAUACUUGUAAUGUUUUAUGGAAAAAUGUCUGUUCUGUUAAAUCAGUUUUGUGGAAUGUUUAAUAUUGUAAACUAUAUAUUAAGAAAGCAACUUUUAUCUUAUAUUAGCACAAUGAAUCAGUCUUACACACGGAGUGGAACAGUUAAAGUUUGUCCAACCAGUUAUUUUAUGAGGUUUAAAGAAAUUAUAAUAAAAAAGCAUAAUUUUUUAGGGAAAAAUAACUAUAAUCCAAACAUAAUUCAUACAAUUUAUAUUGUUCUGUUGUAUUCUGGUAAAAGGUAACUGUAGCCAAUAUAACAGUGUGCCACUAUAACGUUUAUGUUUAUUAUGUCAGGAUGACAACAGUAGUGUUCUGAGAUUCAAUUUUGUGUUUGCUUCGUUUAUAUGGUGAUUUAAUUCAUGGCCAAUAACUGUUCCAUCCAAUAUAUUAUAAUUCCAUGAUAUUACAUUGUCUAUGAUAGAAAAAAAAAUAUUUUGUAGAUUACAUUAUUGCCAAUGGGAAGUCUUGCCUAAUUAUUAUUUUUAGCAUUGUUUUUAUUAAAUUAAAUUUGAUAGGUUGCUCAUAUUAUUUUUUAAAUACUUAAGUGGUAAUGAAAUUUGUUUAGUUUUAUAAAUUGAAAUUAUGAAAAGAGGUAGUCAUUUGAUCUAUUUCUAUAAUGUGAACAAAUUUUUACACACUGAAUAAUUCCAAUAGGAUCUGUUGAAUCUGCCCUCUCAUCCAAGACAACUGAGCUAUACCUUUAUCAAAAAUAAUUAUAGUUUUCACGGAACUACACAAAAGUGACAUAAUUACACCGAAUUCAGUAGACAGAUCUAAUAAGUGGAUAAAUAUCUGUUCAAAUGUAAAAUAUAUCCAAAUGAAUAAGAAUAAGGCUGGUGAAUUCACUGUAGCUUAUUUAUUUUACUUACACAAGAUAAAUUGCUAAAGGAUACCUAAGAUUGGUACAAAGCUUUUUUAUCUAAUUUCAAUGAAGGUUUUUCUGUUAAGUUUAAAAUACAUUCGGUCAUCAGAGCAUAAACUAUUGUUCUAGCAGGAAAGACUGAUUUUCUUUAGUUAUUUUAACAUCACUAUAGGCCUUAAUUAUUGAGUUUAUUCUUUAUGUAGAUCACAUAAUUUGCUUUUAAUUUGGUGCUUAUAUGCACAAUAAUAUUUGUUAGGGAUCAUAAUAUUUAAAGAAAUUGCCUGAAUAUUAUACCUGAGUAGCUCUAACCAUUAUUACUGCCAAGGUAAACAAACAAUUUUGAUGACAAUUAAAGUUCAGACUGUACCAUAAAAUGUAAAAGACUUUGUAAAUACUUAAUUCACAAAAGUGCAUAAAAUACUGCCAAAUAUAUUUAGACAACUAUUUGGAUUAUAAGGAAAUUGUAAUAUUUUAGAUAAAACUAUCGUUUAAGUGGUGUGUACUGUUAAUUAUAUUGCAGUUGUAAUGUAUACACAGUCAUUAUUAGUGAGUUGAAUCCUAAUUUUACUCAAGAAUUGUUUAUUUUUUAUUAUUUUAUCUCCUUAUUAUGUCAGCAGGCAUGAACUUCUUUAUGUAAUACAAUUAAGUUAUUUAUUGUUUUAUGUAAUAAAAUUGUAUUUUAAAAA